UUAUCGAGUCUGGCUUCGCUCCGGACCUCCAGCCGGACUUCACAUUAAAAGCGCCCCUUCAACGUCUACGGGAAGGGGGGCGUCUCUGCCCGCAUCUGCCCCAUUAAAUAUGUGCGAAGAGGCUUCAGGUUGUCGGUCAAAUACGUGACAGCGGGGUUCGUGUUUGAGGCUCAGAGUUAGCUUGCUAAGUGCGAAAGAGGAACACGGAUCCCGGGAGUCACCAAACCGUGUGACUUGAGCCCGCGGGGGACUUUCGCUUCUCCGUUACCUUUUCUCUGCUGUCUGUCUCUGGGAAAGCCGCCUGUUUACGAUGAAAAGAAGUGGGUAGGACCCUCUAAGAAGUUUCACUCUGGUUCACUUUUAAUAUUGUUAUCGUUUCAUUGCUGCAAGCAGUUGCGCAACUUGUUUUUACCUCCUGGGUUGUUGUUGUUGUGGUCCCGUGUAAACAGCUGACUCUCGGAUUGAAGGCCGGGCGGCACCGGGACAUGGCGGUGUUUGAGCCUGAAGUCCGCUCUUCCUCCGCCGCGGAGUAGAUCAAAGCGCCCGCCGACGGCCUGACCCUUCACCGAGUAAAGAUGAUCGGGUCACCGGAUCUUCUGGCCUUCACCGCCAUGGAGGACUUUGGGCAGGGGGAAGAGAAGCAGGAGGCUCAGGGUCUACCUGAAGAGCUCUCUGUCCCGCUUUUCCCGACUUCUCACCCCUGGAGCACAGCAGCACAGUUUCACAGAGACUUCAUACUGGUGGCUGAGUUCUCAGAGCAGGUGGGUCCAACCCCUGUGCUGACAAUACCGGACGACCUCAGUGUAAUCGGCUCAUUUGACCUCAACCACUUCUCUGUUCGUAUUAUGUCUGUGGACUACCAGGCGUCUGGCCCCAGCCAAAGCCCUCCAUCCUCCCCUGGCCCCCGACUGACCUUCAGCGAGGACUCCAAAGUAAUCCUGGGAGAUUCGGCAGCAGAUGCAUUUGCUUAUGUUCAUCACCUGACCCUGUACGACUUGGAAGCUCGGGGGAUGGUGCGGCCUUUCUGCAUGGCCUACGUGUGCUCGGACCAGCUGAAGCUGAUGGAGAACUUUUCUGAGCUAUCGACACGCUUCUCUGAGGCAGCUGAAAGCCUCAAGACGGGAAACAGACAAGCCUUUUCCAUUGAGCUGCAGAGAAAACUGCAAGAGCUCGAAUACAGACGUCUGAACCUGCGGAAUGAUGCAGAACUUCAGGGGUCGAUAAAUGGGUUGACAGACUUUGAAGGAGAAAGUGAAGAGCUUGAUGCUGUAGAGCGUUCAAUCUUAAAUCACAGAGAGCUCCUUCGCCAGGUCACAUCUUACCCAAACAGGAAGCUCAAACAGCCAGACUUCCUGCCCUAUGACCCAGCCACCUCCCUCACUGAUCCAUUGCUGUUGCCACCUCCCGAGGUGGACUCCUUCUUCUCCACCUCCAACUCCAACUCCUGCAGGUCAGAUCACCACCUGAAGCCACUGCAGGAGCUUUGCAACACAUACUUCCUGACUCUCAUGAAGGACCAGCUCACAGACACAGAGCAACGUCUCCGCGGUGACAGGAGUGUGCUGCGAACGACUCGUGUCACACAAUCACUGUCCAGGAAGCUAAUGCUCACCAACUUCCUGUUUGAGCUGUGGAGCCCCGAGGAUGCUGACGAGGAGUUGAGAGAGGGCGCCGAAGUGGAGCUGCAGAAGGAGACGGGGAGUAAGAGGACUGCUGAGGCGUUUCAGCCAGAACCACCGAACAUGGAGUCAUUCUUCUCCUGCGUGGAGGAGCUCCCGAUCAAACUGGUGGCAGCAGAAGCACGGACAGUGACCCCUGACCCUGGUCCUGCCACAGAGAUGAUGGGGAGUGUGAGCAGCAGCGACAGCAUUGAAGUGCUCGGGACUGAGAAGUCUUACAUGACACAGCAUGUCAUUACAGGAUUUGACAGUAGAGAUGCGUUGGUCGGAAUGACAGACACUUGCAUCAGGCGUGCAGCAGUAGACGCCGGCAUUAGACGCGUGCGAGCUUAUGCAAAGCGUGCCAACAGCGAGGACAGCAUUGAAGUGCUCAGCACCACAGAGUCCAUCGUCCCUGAAGACCUCGCCGCCAUCACAGAGGAGGAAGCAGAGCAGCAGCCUCUGAGCAAUGGCUUUGAGAAUGAGGAAGAACCAUGGACUGAGGUUAACUCUCACAAAGUCCCCAAAGAGGAAAAGACCCUGAAAGCAUCUGCUGCAGUAAGUGAGGAUGAAGAUGGAGGGCCUGUUGAGGAAGAGGAAGGUUGCGUUGACAGAGCAGAGCCUUUAAAGCAAAUAAUGGUUACUGAUGGCAUCACGACCAGAGAGCAGCCAGACACCGUGAAGAUGAAUCAGUUUCACAAAGACAACACAGAAGAGAAGAAACUACUGCAAGCUGAUGAAGCAGUGGAGCCUUCACCUGAGGUCCAGCAGAAGGGGCGGCUGAUGCCUCACCGCCAUGUGAACUCUGCCUCUCCUGCCCCCCUGGUCGAGGUGGAUCGGCGGUCUCCCCCCGGCCCUCCUCUGAGGCUGCUGAGCAUUGACGAGGAGUCCGAAUGCACCAGCUUCACCGAAUCCUCAGAGCCACCAUCCCCCACCCAAAAUGUCCACAGCAACAUCCGCUGGGAUAAGAGGAGAUGGAGAAAGGCUGGACUCCGAGCCCUCAGGUUCAUCAAGCACAACUCGUUCUCGCAGCAUGCCGUGUUCUGUCUCCUGAGCGGCCGGCCGCUGGCUGUCAUCGGAGGAGACGAGAGUCUGGUCAGGAAGACGGUGGACGCUUUGAGCCUCUUCCUGCCCGCUCCUGGUCCUGAUAGAAGUGCUGUGAAGCUGUGUUUGACCACGCCCCUUCAGCUGACCGACCUGCUCACCUGGAGACUGAUGGGAAUACCCAGAUCAUCAGCAGCUUAUUCUUCCACCGUUCUUCCUUCUCUGAGCCGCUACAAUCGUUAUUUGGCUCUGUUGGACCUGGACCAGAGGACGUUGCGGUGCCCAUCUUACUCUGGCUCUCUCCUCAGCAGACUGGCCAAUCCUCACACCGGCAUAAGCCGUGGCAUUACCUACCUGCAGCAUCUGCAGAGCAGCCUAGCUGCACUGGUCAAUCAGGUACUGCUGUACACUUUAAGACCAGUUUUACAACGUCCACGCACUGCUGAAGGGAAGGAUGGCGCAGAAGAAGAGGAUUUUCUGUGCAAACAGGGGCUCUGUGGUGAAUGUGAUUUGAGAGUGAUGAGCUAUCUGUCGGAUCUCCUCAAACAGCAGCAUGCAGGACGUGGACCGCCAGUCUUAAGAUUCUGUUACAACUCCGUACACACACACAGAAACACAUUUGCAACAUAGGAGUCGAGAGAGCGACUGAAUGUUUGGAUGUCUCCUUUUCAGGUUUUAUCACCUGCUGCUGUGAACAUUUUGGUACAAAAAAAAAAAGAUGUUUUUAUCUGCAGUGUUGAUCUAGGUCAUAUUUCUGAGUACUGGACAUUAGUGCACUAGUGUCUCACUGGCACCUUCAUAUGUUGGCAGCCUUUAUCGCUUAAUCACAUGUGAAUUUGUAAUUGAUGAUAACUGAGAACUGUGCCAUGUAAGCAAGCCUGUAACCUCUAUAAAUCUGAGAGUACUGUUUAACCAUGUGACAUGUAGGUCCAUUACUUUGUUGCUCUGCCCUUUGGCUUCUCCACUUCUCUGUGUAGUAAUAUAGGGAAAAAAGACCUGAUUUAUACUCAAAAAUAAUUGACAGCCUGUAUAAUAAAACUAAUAAUAAUGUGGCCCAUAGAAGAAUAAUGCAUAGAAUAGACAACUAAUGCCAUCACCAGUCUCUCAAGCAUUGGUUUGUGUAUGUGUAUAUUUUAUAUAUAUAUUUUAUAUAUAUAUAUAUAUAUAUAUGCAUGCUACAUUUAGGAGAUAAUUAGCACGGUACCACAAAAAGAGGGGCAUUGGUACAGCUGUAAUUAGGAGCAUUAUUAUGCAAAAUGGUUACUGUGCAGUAGCACCAGAUUAACUUCCUAAAUUUGCUGUUUCUUUCCCCUGUAUUAUACAUGUGUAGGAGUUGAAAUUCUUUUCCACUGACGUGGUGCCAGUGCUGGUGCAGAGCCAGUUCUGCUUUGGUGCCUUUUGAAAUCCAGCCCACAUUUCUACAGGUUUGACAAGUGAGCACUUCAUAGCUUCACAGGGUGAAAGUUUUAUAUGGGGAGGCAAAUUCCAUUCAAUUCAAUUUUAUUUAUAUAGCGCCAAAUCACAACAGUCGCCUCAAGGUGCUUUGUAUUGUGGGUAAAGACCCUACAAUAAAACAGAGAAAACCCAACAGUCAAAAAGACCCCCUAUGAGCAGCACUUGGUGACAAUGGGAAGGAAAAACUCCCUUUAAACAGGAAGAAACCUCCAGCAGAACCAGGCUCAGGGAGGGGCAGCAAUCUGCUGUGACCAGCUGGGGCUGAAGGGAGACAGACAGGACAAUCAUGGUGGACUGAAUUUUGUGUGGUAGCCCUGCAUGUUCAGUGGAUCCAGCAGUGCUCUGGUACCCUAACAAGCAUGUGGAACCAUUUCUAGUGUUUUAGGGUUUAACUUUUUUUUUUUCCCCCACACUUAUUUGCCUGCAAUUGGGAAUUUAAUUAGUUUCUAUUCUUUGUAAAGAAUGAAUCCUCACUUUUGACCAUAAAAGUCAAUGUUACAUCUUUAUAACUGCCUCUGUAAAAAUGACACUUUGUAUACAUUGCAGCUAAUCAGGCCAUGUGAUUUGUUGCAGACGGCACACAACUUGGAUAUGAAACCAUAAAGUGCUAACAACAUCCUUCUGUUCGACACUGUUCUGUCUGUCCUGAUU